GAAAGAAAAGGCAACGGACACUUGGGUAAUUUGAUCCACCUUCUUCUCCUUCUCCCACAGUGACCAACGCCAGACUACAAAAAGGCAUGGACCCUCUCUGUCUCUUCCCAGGCACACACAGAGAGAAAGAGAGAAAGACAGAGAGGAAGAGAAUUCUAGGGUUUUGAUUCCCAUUCCAUGGAUUUUUCUUCUCCAGCAGCAGAUCCUCCUCCGGUUUUGAAGGCUGAGGAAGGAGAAUCUUCAGAAGCUGCUCCCAUGGCAUCUGCCAACGAUCGGCUCUUCAGAGGUCUCAAGAAAGCCAGAAGAGAAAGGGGAUGUACGGCCAAGGAAAGGAUAAGCAAGAUGCCGCCUUGUGCUGCCGGGAAGCGCAGCUCCAUUUACAGAGGCGUCACCAGGCAUAGAUGGACUGGACGCUAUGAAGCUCAUCUUUGGGACAAAAGUACAUGGAACCAAAACCAAAAUAAGAAGGGAAAGCAAGGUGCAUAUGAUGAUGAGGAGGCUGCAGCUAGAGCAUACGAUCUUGCUGCUCUAAAAUACUGGGGCCCUGGGACGCUCAUUAAUUUUCCUGUUAGUGAUUAUUCAAGAGAUCUUGAAGAGAUGAGAAUGGUCUCAAGAGAAGACUACCUCGCAUCUCUCAGAAGAAAAAGUAGUGGUUUCUCAAGAGGGUUCUCCAAAUAUCGUGGAAUUUCCAGACCAUCACAAAGUAGUCGAUGGGACACAUCCCUUGGUCGAAUGCUUGGGAAUGAGUACUUUAAUAGCAUACACUGUAGUACAAGUGAGGAUGCAGCAACUGAAAGCGAAUAUGCGACCGGAUUUUGCCUUGAGAGAAAGAUUGAUCUAACAAAUUACAUCAGAUGGUGGGGUCACAAUAAGAUCCGUCGUGCAGAAACUGCAACUAAAUCCUCAGAAGAAUCACAUGGUAUUUCAGAAUACGUCGGUGGUGAACUAAAGACACUGGAAUGGCCUAUCCAGCAUACCGAACCAUACCAGCUCCCUUCUCUAGGCCUACCUCGUAAAGGGCCAGUUCGUGCAUCUGCCUGUAGCAUCCUGUCACAGUCUGCUGCCUUCAAAAACCUGCAAGUAAAAACAUCAGAAACCCAAGAUGGCAGGCAGAAGAACAAGAUCGGUUAUGAAAAGGCUGUUCCUAAGUUGAUUACCAUCGGUGGGAGAGAGAAAUCGGGUGUGGCAUCAGGCUUGAGUGAUUUGCCUCUUCAGAGAACAUAUCCGUUGAACCCUCUCUUAUCAGCGCCAUCGUUGACCAACUGUAGUACCAUCGAUCCGUUACCUGACCCUACAUUUUGGUCAAGCCUCAUCCCGCCAACAGGACUUUCUCUCACGACAACGCUUAGGAAGACAGAAAUGAGUUCAACGCAUACGUUCUACCUCCCAGAGUAAAGAAACAAGAUUACUUGGCUAUUUCCCUGUAGUAACAAACACCUUUGCAGAUUUCCAAUGGUUGGCCAGAGCUAUAUUUGCAUGGAAAGCAGCAUUUGAUUUGUAUGGAGUAAGGCAUUCUCAUAUUGUAUGUAGGUUCCAGUAGGCAUUCUCAACUUGUAUGAAGGUUCCAGUUUGUUUUAUAUAUGAAUUCAAGGCUUCUGUUACAUAUAUGUUAGUUUGCUACAUUUGAAUUUGAGGCUUCUGUUACACAUGUUAGUUUGCUAUAUUUAAGUGUUUGAUAUUUGUAUGAGAAAUAAUAUUUGAAUCUGGUACUCAUAUCUUUCAUUGGUGCC